AUGACCGGCUCGCGCAAGCUCGUCAACACCAAGACAUACCGCCUCAACAAUGGCGUCGAGAUUCCCGCAAUCGGCUUUGGCACGUUUGCCAACGAAGGUAGCAAGGGCGAGACAUACGCUGCCGUCACACAUGCGCUGAAGACGGGCUACCGACACCUGGACUGCGCCUGGUUCUACCAGAACGAAGACGAGGUCGGCGACGCCGUGCACGACUUCCUGCAGUCGAACCCCUCCGUCAAACGCAGCGACAUCUUCAUCUGCACCAAAGUCUGGAACCACCUCCACGAGCCCGACGAGGUGAAAUGGUCUCUCCAGAACUCACUCGACAAACUCCGAACCGACUACGUAGACCUCUUCCUCGUCCAUUGGCCUAUCGCCGCCGAAUCCGACGACAACCACAUGCCAAGAAUAGGCCCAGAUGGGAAGUACGUCAUCAAAAGGGACCUCACCGAAAACCCGGAGCCCACCUGGCGCGCCAUGGAGGAGCUCAACCGAGCCGGCAAGGCGCGCGCCAUUGGCGUCUCCAACUGGACCAUUGACGGCCUCAAGAAACUCCUCAGCUUCGCGCACAUCAAGCCCGCCGUCAACCAGAUCGAGAUCCACCCAUUCCUGCCCAACACGCACCUCGUCGACUUCUGCUUCAAGAACGACAUUCUCCCCGCCGCCUACUCGCCCCUGGGCUCCCAGAACCAGGUCCCGAGUACGGGCGAGAAGGUCCGGACGGACCCGACGCUCAACGAGGUUGCUACGCGGAGCGGCCACACGUUAGCUCAGGUGUUGCUCGCGUGGGGCUUGCGGAGGGGGUAUGUGGUUCUGCCCAAGAGCUCGACGCCGGAGCGCAUCGAGAGCAAUUUCUUGGUGCCCGAGUUGAGCGACGAGGAUUUCGAGGCGGUUCAGAGUGUGGCCAAGGGACGGCAUACGAGGUUCGUGAAUAUGAAGGAUACGUUUGGGUAUGAUGUUUGGCCCGAGGAGAAGGAGGGGGAGGCCAGGUCUCCGGAUCCUGAGUGA